UCAAAACCACACUACAAGAGCUAGCUAGCUAGAACAACCAUUGACGUCCACCAAAAUGGCUUUGAGAAACACCGUUGUAUUCCUCAUUGGAUUGCUUCUCUCGUCCAUCGCCGUGAGCAGCACGGGAAGAAUGCUAGAGGAGGAGAUGGCUCCAUCCAAAGGCGAGGAGCACCAACCCGAGUUACCAAAGCUGCCCAAGGUUGAGCUGCCACCAUUUCCGGCGGUGCACCUGCCACCUAAGCCCGAGCUGCCCAAUGUUGAGCUGCCACCAUUUCCGGCGGUGCACCUGCCACCUAAGCCCGAGCUGCCCAAGGUAGAGCUGUCGGCGUUCCCGGAGGUAAAUUUGCCACCCAAGCCCGAGCUCCCAACGUUCCCGAAGGUGCACCUUCCAGCCAAGCCCGAGCUGCCCAAGGUGGAGCUGCCACCAAAGCCCGAGAUGCCCACCAUCCUCGAGUUCCAGUUCCUGGAGCCGACGGCUAAGCCAUGAAGGUUGUCUUCACUUCUCUUCUCUUUGUUCAUGUGCUUACAUGUAUUCGUUGGUCGUGUUGUGUGUCUGUGUGAUUUCUGGCGAAUCAUUUGUGUGAUGUGAAGCGCUUAUCUAUGAUACCUAUUUAUAGAUGGAAUGUACAUGUGCAAAUGAAUGUUCAUGAAAAAUGAUAGUGUUUA